AGAGCUAUUUGCUGCACACAAGAGUUACCACUCUUCAACCUGCAGGUUUGGAGUUGAUCCAGGAUGCACUCCUAUCUCACUCUGAUACUUUGGAUUGUUGCAUCUGCUGCCUCAGUACAAUGGAGGCGUCCAGUGAUCAAAUUAAAUUCUAAAGUGGUGGCGGGUCCUGAAGUGGUGGUUAAACUUGGGAGCCCUCUGGAUCUGAGGUGUGAGGGGGACGGACCUAUAAACUGGCAAACCAGGCUGGCCAAGCACAGACGUUAUGUUGCCAAAGGCGGUGGGAAUGUCCGCACCUUGAGGGUAGAGCAUCCCAGUGCGGAAUUCACCGGAACGUACAAGUGCUUUUACAGUGCUGGCUCACAAUAUCGCCACCUGACCUCCUCAGUGCACGUGUAUGUGAAAGAUCCAAAUCGUGUGUUCUGGACCAGCAGCACGUCCUUGCGGGUGGUAAAGAAAGAGGGUGAGGACUACCUACUGCCCUGCCUGCUGACUGACCCUUCAGCCAAAGACCUGGGACUCCGCAUGGACAAUGGCACCACUGUGCCACCGGGAAUGAACUUCACUGCCUUCAGGCACCGUGGCAUCCUAAUCCACAGCCUCCACCCCAGUUUCAAUGCUGACUAUGUCUGCACAGCAAGGGUCAAUGGAGUGGAAAAGAUCUCCAGGGUUUUUUCUAUUAAUGUCAUUCAAAAACUUCGUUUUCCUCCAUAUGUCUUCUUGGAGACAGAUGAAUAUGUUCGCAUUGUUGGGGAAGAAAUCAAAAUCCGCUGUACAACUCACAAUCCUAAUUUCAACUAUAAUGUCACGUGGCAAUACGCCACUAAAUCGAAACCAAUGAUAGAGGAAAGGGUCCGCUCCAAUGGCGAGAAUCGCCUGGACAUACAGAGCAUACUGACCAUUGCCGCUGUGGACCUCGGAGACACGGGAAACAUCACAUGUGUUGGUACCAACGAAGCUGGGGUGAACAGCUCAACCACAUACCUGCUGGUUGUAGAUAAACCCUACAUCAGGCUGUCACCCCAGCUGUCCCCCAAACUGGCCCACCGAGGUCUUUCCAUAGAGGUGAAUGAGGGAGAGGAUCUGGAGCUAAGCGUGCUCAUUGAAGCCUACCCUCAUAUAACGGAACACAGAUGGCACACACCGACAUCUCCCAACGCAUCCACACAGGAGCACAGUUUCAUCCAAUACAACAACAGGUACCAUGCUAGCCUGCAUCUGAAGAGAAUGAACGUACGUGAGCAGGGUCAUUACACCUUUUUUGCCAGGAGCGACUUGGCAAAUGCAUCCAUUACAUUUCAAGUUCAAAUGUUUCAAAGACCUGUUGCUGUGGUGCGAUGGGAAAACAUCACCACGCUGACUUGCACCUCAUUUGGUUAUCCAGCUCCAAGGAUCAUCUGGUAUCAGUGUUUUGGAAUACGACCCACGUGCAAUGAAAACACCACUGGGUUGCAGUUGGCGAUCCCCCUCCAGGCUCCAACAGUGGAGGUUCAGAGGGAGGAGUACUGGGCUGUGGAGGUGGAGAGCGUCCUCACUGUGGGGCCUUCCAGUCAAAGAAUGACUGUGGAAUGUGUAGCCUUCAAUGCUGUGGGCGUGAGCAGGGACACUUUUGCCAUGGAGGUCUCUGACAAGCUCUCUACGUCCACCCUGGCUGGUGCAGCAGGAAUUCUCGCUGUUCUCCUUGUGCUGCUGGUUGUUCUGUUUUACAAAUACAAGCAGAAACCCAGGUAUGAGGUCCGAUGGAAGAUUAUUGAAGCCAGAGAGGGAAACAACUACACCUUUAUUGACCCCACUCAACUGCCCUACAAUGAGAAGUGGGAAUUCCCCAGAGACAAGCUCAAACUAGGAAAAAUCCUGGGAGCAGGAGCAUUUGGAAAGGUUGUUGAGGCCACAGCAUAUGGUCUGGGAAAGGAGGAUAAUGUAAUACGUGUGGCUGUGAAAAUGUUAAAAGCCAGUGCCCACUCAGAUGAGAGGGAGGCGUUGAUAUCUGAGCUGAAGAUCCUGAGCCACCUGGGACACCACAAGAACAUCGUGAACCUUCUUGGCGCAUGCACCUUUGGAGGGCCUGUGCUUGUGAUCACUGAAUACUGCAGCCUUGGCGAUUUGCUGAACUUCCUUCGGCAGAAGGCAGAGACGUUUGUUAACUUUGUCAUGAGUACCCCCGACUUUGGGGAGCACUUGACCGAUUACAAGAACAUCUGCAUGCAGAAGCAGUUCAUUAGAAGUGACAGUGGCAUCUCCAGUGCAGCCUCAAGCACCUACUUAGAAAUGAGACCCACCCAGCUGCCCAUUUCUGAGUCGUCUCAAAUUGUAGACCCCGGCUGUGAGGAGACUGGUGACUGGCCACUGGACAUAGAUGACUUGCUGAGAUUUUCCUUUCAAGUAGCUCAGGGUCUUGACUUUCUGGCUGCCAAAAAUUGUAUUCACAGGGACGUCGCUGCUCGGAAUGUCCUCUUGACCAACCGCAGAGAGGCAAAGAUUUGCGACUUUGGCCUUGCACGGGACAUCAUGAAUGAUUCCAACUACGUGGUGAAGGGCAAUGCACGUCUUCCCGUGAAGUGGAUGGCUCCAGAGAGUAUAUUCGACUGUGUCUACACUGUUCAGAGCGAUGUCUGGUCAUAUGGCAUCCUCCUCUGGGAGAUCUUCUCUUUAGGUAAGAGCCCAUACCCAAGCAUGGCUGUGGACUCCAGGUUCUACAAGAUGGUAAAGCGUGGUUACCAGAUGUCCCAACCAGACUUUGCUCCCCCUGAAAUGUACACAAUCAUGAAGCAGUGCUGGAACCUGGAGCCUACAGAUCGCCCAACAUUCAGCAAAAUCUGUCAGAUGAUACAAAGACUACUUGGGGUUCGAACUUAUCCAGAGCAGGUAAUCUACCAGAAUGUGAAGGAGCAGAUCACAGAGGGUGAAGAGUGUGACCAGCCAAAAUGCUACAAUGGCCCCAGUGACCAGUCUUGUGACCACGAGGAAGAGGAGCAGCCUUUGAUGAAGACCAACAACUAUCAGUUUUGUUAAAAUCCACAAAACAGCUAAAUGCUAGUCAAUCGAUCACUCGUCAAUCAACGUGGCUCUGUGAGCAGUGGGAGCUGAUGUAGCUUGUGGCCAAACUAUUUUUCAGAGUUGCAGACUAGCGCACUCUCAGCUAUUUUUUGCCUGCUGCGCCUGCUCGCCAGACAGACAAGCAGCUGCAGCAAAGCAUGUGACCGGCCUGUGUGCAGACCAUGACGAGAAAAUGCCACACACUGACUCCAACCGCUUACAUGAAGAGAGGAAACACGUCAACACGUCAAACACACAAGCACUCAAAGCUGAAUCCUAUCCGACACAUACCCCAGGUGGACUGUUUGUUAGCCCUUCUUUAAUGCAGCGGCUCUUCUUUUAAUGUGCUCUUAAUUACUUAAUGCAAUAAUGUUGUUGUUUAUUAUAUCCUUGUCACUGGCGCACGUGAGUCUGGUUUUGAGGAGUUUCAAGUCAGUUUUGUCAGCAGGAUCACUUCCUUCUUUGUUUUUUUGUUGUUUUUGUUUUAUU